GUUAUUGUUUUUGGUCUUAUCGCUUGAGUGUUCGGAUGAUCAUUUAUAUACUCAACCAUUGGCUCUCCAAAGCCAGUCUUUCAUUUUCUUUACCAAUGACAAGAAUGUCUCGGUUGAAAGGAAUACUUUCGAUUCUGUGCCUUCUUCUGGCCACGUGGCAAGUCGAGUGCGCCUGUGGUGGAAUGCAAAAUUAUCAGUGCGUGGCACGUCCAAUGUGCAAAAUUGAACUGGGUUAUAAAACUCUUCAAGCCGGCAACAUGGGAUGCCCUUCCACGGCGGUCUGCUGUCCAGAUACUCAAAUAAAAAGCAAUCCAGUUGUGCAAAUCGAUGAGGUAUUAAAUACCAAUUGCGGACAACGUAACCCAAAUGGAGCGACCUUUACUAUUAAGGAUUUACCAGGAUUCGCCCAGGAGGCCGAGACGCCUUGGAUGGUGGCUUUGCUUAGACGAGAUCUCAGCUAUAAGGCCGGUGGCGCCCUGAUUGCCGAUAACGUGGUUAUCACAGCCGCCCACGUACUCGAAAACCUACAUGAAUACGAUCUGAUUGUCCGGGCUGGCGAAUGGGACUUUCAAACCGACUCCGAGACCUAUGGCCAUGUAGACGUUGGCAUCCGAAAGAUUGUGCGUCAUCCUGAUGUGGAUACAUUUAGCGGGGCUAACAACUUGGCCAUUCUGUUUCUUAACGACCGGAUCAAACUGGCCAAGAACAUUCAGCCCAUUUGCUUGCCAAAAGAAGAACAGUAUCCUGGUCGUCAAUGCAUCUUCACUGGCUGGGGACAGAAGGACUUUGGCCGUUAUUCCAAUAUGAAUCUGAUGAAGAAGGUGGAGAUGCCGGUGGUGUCAAACGAUGUGUGCCAACGAACGAUGCGCGAUUUUUAUGGCGACGAGUUCGAGCUCCACAACAGUCUGAUGUGUGCCGGCGGAGAGGAGGGCAAGGAUUCCUGCCAAGGCGACGGAGGAUCCCCGCUGGCCUGUCCACUGUCGAGCGAUCCCACCCGCUAUGAACUGGCCGGAGUUGUUAACUUCGGCGUCGGAUGCGGAGAAAGAGGAUAUCCCGGUGCUUACACAAGUAUUGCGAAGCUCAAAAGCUGGAUAAUACAGGAGAGAGCUAAAUAUAAUGAUCCUAACGUGAUCCAUCGUCCACCGGUCGGUCCUGCGAAUCGGGGAGCACGAGACGUUCAACCUUUUCAAAAUGGUAAUUUUGCAUAUAUAGAACCGAGAACCGAGACAAGUCCUGUUUGGCCAAUCCCACCACAAUUACCUCCCAACCAAAAUCAGAAUAGCAGAGAACUUUGGCAUAAGGCUUUCAUUAAUUCCGGACCGAAUGUCAACAAUGGAAAUGUCGAACCUCCCCGAUAUGAUUCCCAACCGAAACCGAACACACAGAACACAAACAAUUUUAACGAUCCGCACAAUAGAUUCAAUCCAAGCCAAGGUCAACAAGACAAUCAAUAUGGCGUUGGAGGACGACCAAAUAUUAAUUUCCAUAUGGUUCCUUCCCGUCCCUCUACGUCCCACGUUUCCCUGUGGCCAAGCCAAAAUUUCCAAACGACGCCGAUCCCCCAGAGACAGUACCCGAUGCCACCCUUUAUCCCACCAAAUAGUGUUCAAGUGCAACCAAGUUGGCCCACACCGACAUUCGGACAACAGGUAAAUCAAAAUGGCUUUGGGAGACAGCAAGAAAACCAUGGUUGGAACUUGGGACCACAGAAUUCCCCACCAAACGGUGGGAAUUGGCCACAGUCCUUUAGGCAAACACAACGAUUCCCUCCAAAUGCUGGUGAAAAUCAACCAAGCCUUUUCCCCAACCAACCCGUUCCUUUCCCUGGGCGACUGGAUCAGUUUAAUCAGAUUACAACACCACGAUCAAAUGUUCUAGAAGGUGGGAAUGGGGCACAGUCCUUUGGGCAAACACAACGAUUCCCUCCAAAUGGUUUUCAAAAUCAACCAAGCUAUUUCCCCAACCAACACGUUCCUUUCCCUUCCGGGCGACUGGAUCAGUUUAAUCAGAUUACAACACCACGACCAACUGUUCCAGAAGAGGUCACUACAGAAAAUCAAGAAGUGUUCUCUACUACAUUAGGUUUCGACGAAGAUUAAACAUACAAUUUCAAAUCAGAUGUUGACUUUGGCAGUCAACUACCAAUACUAUUUUACUUCUUUAAAAAUGUAUAAAAAUAAUAAAUAAACUUAAAAUAAUUCUCAGAAAUAUUAUAAAAUAGAAUAUUAACUUCU